CGUGGAGAGGUAAUUCCCACUCUCCAGAAGACUUCGACUGGCUGGUGGACUACCUCGACGCUGUUUAUUCCAACGACCACGAUACGGCAUGCGACAUUCUUGUACUCAUGAGCAGUAUGCGCGUGAGCUGCAGCCCCACCAAAACAACAUAUGUUCAUCGAGAGGCUCGUUGCCUGUAUGGACAGCAGCAUGCCUUACCGUUUAUGUCACAUUGCCGUUCGCGCUGCUUACAGUUUCCGGGGAGUUUUGACCUCGAUUGAUGCCGUUGAUGAUGCAGACACGAUUUUGACCAGAUUCUCUUCUGCUAUCGUGUCCGCGGUUUGUCCGCGACCGGGCGCAACACCUGCCGAUGAUGGUCCUGACGGCUUCAUCAAUGGCGCACGCGACUUGUGCUAUCUCGAACUGGUCUUUGCCCUCGCGGGAAAUUCGAUCUGGCACCCGCAUUUGGUUGGGGAUCAUCAUAUAGAUCGUUGCAUUAGCAUCAUUGGAAUGCACUGCGAAGGAUUCUUCAUGCAUUACACCUGUUACCUGGUAGGUGUCCUCCGAAUCGCACCUGAACAGGUUUCGGUUGCAUCGCUCGUGUCUAUCACAGAGGAGCAGUGCUGGGACAUGAUCAGACGUACAUGGACGAAUAUUUAUUCUGUCCAUGUGGUAGAUCUGUCCAAGGACGCGGACGACUUCUUUCCCGUCCUCGUGGGAGGCACAAAGAAGUAUAUGCAGAUCGCUUCCACGUUUGACCUUGAGCAGCUCAUCAAAGAUGUGGAUCGUGUUGCCAGAAUGGUAGAGCAGCCAGGAUUAGAGUACAUUGAUGAUAUGAAGGAGUUGGUGACUGCAGUCCGCGACAUGCUUCUUCAGAGGCUCGGUCAAUAGUUAUUGUGCAAGAAACAUAUUAUUAGUCAUAUGAUUAUCACGGUGUUUGCGUAUCCCGGGAUCAGAGGAAUAUAUGGUGGGCAGUGCAAGUCCAGAUUCUGCGAUAUGUAGACAUUGUGUUCAAUGUUAGGAUCGCAGUAUGGAAAAUAACAAAGUUGAACAUGUGCACCAGUCUCC